AUGUCUUUCUCACAAGUUACUAAUCCUGCCCAUACAGAACAUGAGACAACUGAUAACACUAUUGAAGAAAAUAAUACAAAUUCCACAACUGAAACUGUAACUUCAACUGAUCAAGUCUUGGAUCAAGAAUCUAAAUCAGUGACUGAAACAGUGACUGAGUCGUUAAAAACGGAUCAAGCUUCCGAUUGGCAGGCCAUUUGGGAUGAUAAUGUUCAAGCGUAUUAUUAUUGGAACACAGUUACAAAUGAAACAACUUGGGAAAUUCCCAGCAGUAUAUCAUAUUCAGAAGGCUCAUAUUAUCAAUGUCCUACAAAUGACACUGCGAUUUCGGCUGACCAAGCUGCUAAUACUGCUACUGCAACUGAAGAAUAUUAUCAGUAUUAUUACGCGCAAUAUGGGUAUUAUCCUGAAGGUUACUAUUAUGGUUACGAUACUUCUUCCACUGCUGUAACUGCUCCGGCUGAACCGCCGAACCCAUUGGAAUCUAUUCUUGAUAAAAUUGAUACUGAAGUUAAGUCAAAACUUGAUGGGACAGAAGACUCAGAUUAUAAUUCCUUUCUCGCCCAACAUGGAAAUGAAGGUGCUGAUUACACCAUAUCUGCUAGAUUCAAUUCACGAACGGGUAAAUUUCAGCGUGACCCAACUUUGACACCGGAAAAAUUUUCGUCUGAUGCAAAAGCAAUUCGGCAAAUGUCUUAUUUCUUUGAUUAUGAAAGUUUUGCUGAACAAAGGGAAUUUUAUCCUGUGAAAGAUUAA